AUGUAUAUUAGGAAGAAUUAAUUGUGUCCUAUUUAACUAAUGCAGCUUGUAAACCAUGGAGUGAGCGCUUCUUUGUUGGAGAAGGCAAAGAAAGAGAUUCAGGAUUUCUUCAAUCUCCCAAUGGAAGAGAAGAAAAAAUAUUGGCAGUACCCAGGAGAACAAGAAGGAUUUGGACAGGCUUUUGUUCUCUCUGAGGAGCAAAAACUCGAUUGGGGUGAUCUCUAUUUCAUGAUCACCCUCCCACACCAUUUCAGAAAACCCCAUCUGUUCCCUAAGCUGCCUCUUUCUUUCAGAGAUACAUUGGAAAUUUACGCAUUGGAGCUGAAAAAUCUAGCCAUUACCAUUUUAACAACGUGGAAAAGGCACUUGAAAUGGAAAGCGGAGAAAUGGAGGAAUAGCCUUACCAUCCUGCUUCGGAUAAAUGAAGUAGAGGGCCUCCAGAUAAAAAAAGAUGGCAAAUGGGUUCCAAUUAAGCCCCUCCCAAAUGCCUUCAUCAUCAACAUUGGAGACGUUUUGGAGGUUAUAACAAAUGGAGUAUAUCGUAGCAUCACUCACCGCGCGACAAUUAACUCAGAAAGAGAAAGGCUCUCCAUUGCCACAUUCUAUAACCCGAAGUAUGAAGGGGAAAUAGGCCCAGCAAGAAGCUUGAUCUCUCAGCAAAAACCAGCGUUUUUCAAGAGAUUGGGGGCUGAAGAAUAUUUCGAAGGACUAUUUGCUCGUAGGCUUACUGAAAAAUCUUAGCUCGAUACCCUGAGACUGUAACAGGGUUAGAGCUGCAGUGAUGUUUAAUGCAGAAUGUCGAUGAGUGAGUUAGAAUAAGAAAUAAAUGUGAAAAAUGUGCUGCUAUAUAUAUAAAACUACGUUGAGGAGAAACUACAAUGAAGUCUAUUUCUUUUC